CUUUUUCUCCAUAGGAAACUGUGAUGUGAAGCCCACCAGAUACAUCCACACUGCAUCAGUACCACCACUGUGAGCCAAAGGAGAAGAAUGUUCUUGGAUCCCCUUGCCCUGCUCCUGCCACAACAUUCCUCCUCCUAGUCCCAGCCCCCCCAACCCCUGCCUAUGCCUCCAUAAACAAACCCUCCCCUGUCUCCCCCCCACCUCCCCCUCCUCCGGCGGCAGCAGCGCUCUCUUCCUCCGCGACUGGUUCUCCCUCCAUCCUGCUGUGUUUUCCGCGGAUUGACGCGAAGUGUUCUUGGGGCGAUUUGAUUUCGAGGGGUCCGUGAUUUGGUGGGUUUAGUAGGUACCAUAGUCCUCUCCAAUCUUCUUCCCAAAGGUCCCUUCUUUUUUCUCCUUUUCCUGGAUUAGCGGCCUGGUGUAGAUGUGCAACCUCGUGUGGGCGCUCCGUGUAAUCUGGACGCUGUUCGUCUUCCGCAUCGUCGUCUGAUCGAUCGAUGAUGCUCUGCCCCGUGUUCUCCGCGGAUUGAUUCUCUUAGGCUAGAUUGAAGGUUUUCGUGUUCCUGUUUGUGGGGAAAGUGCUGUUUCCUUUCCUUUUCUUCUUCGUUCUUUCCCUUUUGGUUAUUUUUCUCGAGGGGUUUGGUUCUUCUUGGGGCCGGCGCGUGGAAAGCUGGAAUCUCUCUGCCUUUGAUCCCAAGGAACCGGCUGCCUCGUUGAUGUAGUGUGGUGCCCUGUUGGAACUUGGGCGCUCUUCUAACAUGGCCUGUCUGAAGCUGGGAUCAAGAGCUGAUGUGUUCAGGAAGCAGGGCCAAGAAUGGUAUUGUACUACUGGUCUUCCUAGUGACGUAACUGUGGUAGUUGGGGAGCAAUCUUUUCAUCUCCACAAGUUCCCUCUAUUAUUAAAGAGUGGCCUUUUGGAAUGUCGUAUCAGAGAGAAAAUUGAGACGGGAGAAGAUAGUUGUGUCAUUGAUCUUUCUGAUAUUCCUGGGGGAGCAAAGGCUUUUGAACUAGCUGCAAGGUUCUGCUAUGGUGUAAAGUUUGAAAUGACUUCCUCCAAUGUCGUGCAUCUUCGCUGCGCUGCUGAUUAUCUCGAGAUGACUGAAGAGAUUGCCGAGGGAAAUUUGAUUGCGCAGACAGAGAGUUUCCUUACCCAAACAGUCCUCAAAAGCUGGAAGGACUCAAUCAAAGCCCUUCAUACUUGCGACAAUGUCAUUGAUAUUGCUGAAAAAUUGCAAGUCGUAAAGAGGUGCAUCGACUCGGUUGCAACCAAAUCAUGUACCGAUCCUGAUUUAUUUGGCUGGCCAGUUGUCCAGUAUGGCGGCCCUAUGCAGAGUCCUGGUGGGAGCUUUUUGUGGAAUGGUAUUAGCACUGGAGCAAGGCCAAGAAAUAGCAGCUCAGAUUGGUGGUAUGAUGAUGUGUCAUGCUUAAGCCUUCCAUUAUACAAGAAGGUCAUCUCAGCUAUGGAAUACCGAGGCAUCGAUCAGGACAUUAUCGUUGGAUCCCUUAAUCAUUAUGCCAAAAGGCGUUUACCUGGUCUCAAUCGGCGUAAAAGCAUUAGUGAUGUCAGCAGCUGCCUUUCAAUGACAACCUUAACAGCCAUGCCUUCUGAAGAGGAGCAAAAGUAUCUUCUUGAGGAGAUUGAUAGGCUGUUGCCUUUCCAAAGGGGUGUUACAUCUUGCAAGCUGUUGUUUGGCCUUCUGCGCACAUCAAUCUUCCUUAAAGCCAGCUCCUCCUGCGUGUCCAACUUGGAGAGACGGAUCGGUUUGCAGCUUGACAAGGCCACUCUGGAAGAUAUUUUGAUACCAAACAUGUCUGAGUCUGUUGAAACACUUUAUGAUGUGGAUUGCAUCCAUAGGAUUCUUGACCACUUCUUGACAAUGGAUCAAGAAACUGGUGGAGCUUCCCCUGGCCUUGGUGACGAUGGGCAAAUAUUAGCUUCUCCUUCACUAAUGCCGGUAACUAUGGUUGCUAAGUUGAUUGAUGGCUACUUAGCUGAAGUUGCGCCAGAUGUCAACCUAAAGCUUCAAAAGUUUCGAUCUUUGGCUGCUGCCAUACCAGAUUAUGCUCGGCCAAUAGAUGAUGGACUUUAUCGUGCUGUUGACAUAUAUCUGAAGGCGCACCCCCAUCUUCCAGAGUCGGAGAAGGAAGAACUUUGCCGGGUGAUGGACUGCCAGAAGCUCUCCCUGGAAGCAUGCACCCACGCAGCGCAGAACGAGCGUCUCCCCCUUCGGGUCAUCGUGCAGGUCCUCUUCUUCGAGCAGCUCCAGCUGCGGAGUUCCAUUGCCGAGUGCCUCAUGAUCUCUGAGAACCUUGAGGGCGGUUCAAGGCAGCUCGGCCUGCCAAUCUCUGCCGAACAACACCGUGGCGUAGGCUGGCCUCUGGCCACCAGGGAAAACCAAGCACUGCGGGAGGGCAUGGACGGCAUGAAGCAGCGGGUGGCGGAGCUGGAGAAGGAGUGCUCCACCAUGAGGGAGGAGAUCGAGAGGCUGGGCCGCAGCAGGAAUGCCAGCAAGAGCUGGCUGUCCUCCCUUGGCCUCGGCGGCACCAAGCCGCAGAUCUGCAGCACCAAGGAUGCUGCUCCAACAACUGCGAGUGACGACAACAAGCUUGCCGUGGUGAAGGCUGACGCCACACCCCGGCUGAAGCUCAGCAGACACAAGAAAAACCUGUCCAUAGAUGCCUAGCUCCAGCCUCUUUCUUUCUCUCUCUGUAACUCUGAUGAUCAUUUCAAAACUCAGUUAAUUACUGCUGCGUCUGUGAACUCAGUCCUUAGAUGUUUUGUUUUUACAUACCACCACCCAUGGAUGAAGAACUGAGAAGAACAAAGCUAUCGAGACAUGAUCCUAAGUUUUUUGACAGUGUUUUGAGUGAAAUAUAUUGUAAGUGCAUGGCCAUGAUGGCAUUGUUAACAUCUUCCUGGAUCA